AUGGAGGAGAAGGAAGAGGCGACGGCGAAGGCUGUUCGCCGGAUAUGGCGGCAUGGCAACGAGGACUCGGAGCGGAGGGGGUGGUUUUGGUGGUCGAUUAUCGACAGAGAGAUCGAAGAAGGGGGGGAGAUUGAGAUUUGGAGCAGGAACUAUGGAACAAAGCCCAUUCAGUCAGUAACUAAAGAUAUCACUAGAGCUUGCUUGAUUGAGAAAGUUCUUCCUGCUAUUAGAGCAAAAUGGCCAGCUUCCGAUUCAAAUAAUCCUAUCUUUUUACAACAAGAUAAUGCAAGGCCACAUAUUGGUAACAAUAAUUUAGAAUUUAUUGAAGCUGCCCGACAAGAUGGAUUUGACAUUAGAUUGUAUUUUCAACCAUCGAACAGUCCAGAUUUAAAUGUUUUAUAUCUUGUUUUGUUUAGAGCAAUCCAAAGUCUUCAAUAUCAAAAAAAUGUUGAUGAAUUAGUGGAAGCAGUGGAAAGAUAUUUUGAUGAAAUGAAAGCGAAACAACUCAAUCAUUUAUGUAACAUAUUCAUCACAAAGGACAACGACAUCAGGUUAGGUGAUUUUGGAUUAGGAAAAUUGCUAGAUGCAGAAGGCCUUGAUUCCUCGGUAUCUGGCACACCAAACGACAUGUGCCCUGAGCUCCUUGCUGGCAUACCCUAUGGCUAUAAAUCUGAUAUAUGGUCGCUUGGAUACUGUAUGUUUGACAUUGCUGCACAUCGACCCCCAUUUAAAGCUUCUGACAAAACUGGACUUAUCAACAAAAUAAACCGGAGUUUGUUCUCACCACUUCCGAUUAUAUACUCCUCCACCUUGAAACAGAUAAUAAAAAGCAUGCUAAGGAAAACUCCAGAACACCGACCUACAGCUGCCGAGCUGUUGAGACAUCAACAUUUGCAACCAUACCUCCUCUUGUGUCACAACCCUUCAUCUGCGUUUCUUCCUGUGAAGUCCCCGAGAAGAAUGAAAGAGAAAACACGACCAUCACCUGGAAAAUCUAUCAGUCCGAGAGGUAGCAGAGACAGACAGUUGAAGCUAAAAGAGAAGAGAAUUGUCCUUUACAUUAAUGAAAGUGAUAACAUUCAGCCAAGAAACUUAUCUGACAAUUAUAACACGUUCCUAGCCAAACUUGACACUAAGAGAGUCGAUCAAACAAGCUACUCGGUUAGGAUCUCUCAAGACAGUGAGGAUUCUAAAAGUGGGGAGAUGAGUGAGGCAGCUGUUUGCAAUGGAUAUGAUCAACAGGAGACUAUCUCACAAACAUAAACUACGAUCACUCCAAGCUCGUCAAGUUCAAGGGAAAAAACAUGGUCCGAGGAACAAGAGCAUGUUUCACCGGAGCAUGUUGUUCGAUUUGACGAGGGUGAUACAAAGAAUAACAAGACAAAAGAGCUUGAGGUGCUGAGCAGUCCACUGGACCAUGAGGAAGCAGAUAUAGUGGAAUGUAUCUCAGCAAAAUCUAGCAGAAUGACAUUGUCUGAUGGAAGAUUCAACGAUAAAACACGAUCCUUCGAUAAAGAAAGCACUUCAUGUAAUUCACAGUCGGCAAAACCAGAUCCAGAGGCAGCACCAAGAUGCUGUGUUGCUAAAACUGAAAAUGGUAACGAGUGUAGAGAAGUUGCUAUUGACUGCUUGUCAAAUGAAAGCGAUGGUUCGCUUAUACACAAAGACGAGCUAGAAAAGAAAGCAACCGCGGUUUAUGACACCAAACAGGCUAAGAAAGACGCUCUUCGAGCACUGGAUGAUAAGGUUUCGCAGCUCAAGUCUCCAGCCGCAUUAGCUAGUAAGGAGGACAAAGACGACUGGGGUAAUCCCACUGAACAAAGAGCUGAAGCUUUAGAGUCUCUUUUGGAGGUUUGUGCGUGACUAUUUAAGCAGGAAAAAAUCGAUGAGCUUGCUGGUGUGCUGAAACCAUUCGGUGAUGAUGGAAUGUCGUCUAGAGAAAUAGCAAUCUGGUUGACAAAAAGUCUUAUGACUGCACAAAAGUUGUCCAAGGGGUCGUGAUGUUGCUCAAAACCUGUCUUUUGGCCUAUUGAACGAGCCUCUGUCUUAUGUAAAUCAUCAAGUAUUGUUGGACAAAACUAUUCCUCGAGGCUUAACGUGGUUGAGCAUCCCUUAGUUUUGAUUGUAUUGUUGUAGGACAGUUGGUGGAGCUGCGAAGAUUAUAUAUAAUGUACUUUUAAAGUUGAUUUCUACUCUA